GAUUCCAAUUCCCUAGGCGGCCGCGGCGAGCUGCGGCGUCUCUGUGCUCCGGCCUGCCCCUAUCCCGCCUGCGCCCCGCCCCCGCCCGGCUCGCGCCAAGGCCCACUGCUGGCGCCGCCGCCAUCCCGGCGCGUCACUGCGCAGGCGCGGCCCGCGAGCGUGGGGUGUCUCGAAGUGCCGGGUUGCAGGCGCUCAGGAGCGCCGGGGUUUGAGGCCUGCUUUCUGCUCGCGCCAGCAGAGCACUACCUGAGGCAGCGAGGCGCAGCGAGCCUAGCCUCCCCGCGCCCUGGGCAGUGUGGCCAUGGAGAAUCAGGUGUUGACGCCGCAUGUCUACUGGGCUCAGCGACACCGCGAGCUAUAUCUGCGCGUGGAGCUGAGUGACGUACAGAACCCUGCCAUCAGCAUCACUGAAAACGUGCUGCAUUUCAAAGCUCAAGGACAUGGUGCCAAAGGAGACAAUGUCUAUGAAUUUCACCUGGAGUUCUUAGACCUUGUGAAGCCAGAGCCUGUUUACAAACUGACGCAGAGGCAGGUAAACAUUACAGUACAGAAGAAAGUGAGUCAGUGGUGGGAGAGACUCACGAAGCAGGAAAAGCGACCACUGUUUUUGGCUCCUGACUUUGAUCGUUGGCUGGAUGAAUCUGAUGCGGAAAUGGAGCUCAGAGCUAAGGAAGAAGAGCGCCUAAAUAAACUCCGACUGGAAAGCGAAGGCUCUCCUGAAACUCUUACAAACUUAAGGAAAGGAUACCUGUUUAUGUAUAAUCUUGUGCAAUUCUUGGGAUUCUCCUGGAUCUUUGUCAACCUGACUGUGCGAUUCUGUAUCUUGGGAAAAGAGUCCUUUUAUGACACAUUCCGUACUGUGGCUGACAUGAUGUAUUUCUGCCAGAUGCUGGCAGUUGUGGAAACUAUCAAUGCAGCAAUUGGAGUCACUACGUCACCGGUGCUGCCUUCUCUGAUCCAGCUUCUUGGAAGAAAUUUUAUUUUGUUUAUCAUCUUUGGCACCAUGGAAGAAAUGCAGAACAAAGCUGUGGUUUUCUUUGUGUUUUAUUUGUGGAGUGCAGUUGAAAUUUUCAGGUACUCUUUCUACAUGCUGACGUGCAUUGACAUGGAUUGGAAGGUGCUCACAUGGCUUCGUUACACUCUGUGGAUUCCCUUAUAUCCACUGGGAUGUUUGGCGGAAGCUGUCUCAGUGAUUCAGUCCAUUCCAAUAUUCAAUGAGACCGGACGAUUCAGUUUCACAUUGCCAUAUCCAGUGAAAAUCAAAGUUAGAUUUUCCUUUUUUCUUCAGAUUUAUCUUAUAAUGAUAUUUUUAGGUUUAUACAUAAAUUUUCGUCACCUUUAUAAACAGCGCAGACGGCGCUAUGGACAAAAAAAGAAAAAGAUCCACUAAAAAGAAAGAUUUAGAUGGCUUCUUGCCAGUUUGAGCCUAAUCUGAUUCUUACAGUUUUACCUUCUUGAACCAAUGUAAAAGUUUUUUUAAUGUUAAAUGAUUAAAUUCUCAGUGAGGCUAUCUUCCUUUUCCCCAGUAACAUUCCUGAAUUUACUGUUAUCUUAUUGUAGUACUUGCAUGACAUGGAUUCCUGAUAUCUGAUGAGAGGUUCAUUCUUGUGUAUUCAGUUAAUGACACCAAAAGGCUCAGCCCACCCCAACCCUAUCUCAUGUUCAGUCUGUCUAAUACAUGCCAGAGAUUUUUUUUUCAAAAAGUGCUUUAUCCCUACAAUGUACUGACAGUUCUCAGUUGAGAUUUGUUCUUUUCAGCUAUUGCUUGUGAAAAAAAGCAAGACUAUGUCACUCUAUAGAAGGCUGUUAAAGUGACUCAGGCAGGAAUUAAUUAUUCUGUACCUAAGGGGUUACUUGUUUAAUGGGAUGGCAUUGACUUUUUGAAAAUCAAGUGGACUGAGUCAUUGAUAAAACAUUUCUAAGAGUGGGGCUAGAGAACAUAUUUUACAUCUGACAUCCUUUGGCCUAACAACAUCUAUUAUAGUGCUCAGCAGUGUGGGCAUUGAAGAGGCACGGAAUGCUUUGAAAGAAACUAAUCAGAAUCUUGGAACAUCAUGAUCAUGCCAUUCUUAAGUAAAUCAACUAUUUUCAACACUGAAGAAAAAUGAAACAUUAUUUAGAAAACAAUGAGAUUACAAGUUCCAAACUCAGCCAGGAAUGUGGCUCACACCUGUAAUCCCAGCACUUUGGGACACCUAGGUGGGAGCAUCGCUUGAAGCCAGGAGUUCAAGACCAGCUUGGGCAACGUAGUGAGACCCCUAUCUCUACAAAAAAUAAAAAAAUUAGCUGAGUGUGGUGGCACACACCUGUUGUCCCAGCUACUCAAGAAGCUGAGAUGGGAGGAUCCUGAGCUCAGGAGGUCAAGGCUGCAGUGAGCCGAGAUUGUGCCACUGCACUGCAGCCGGGGUGACAGUGCAAGACCCUGUCUCAAACCAAACCAAACCACACACACACAAACACACAUACACACACACACACACGAGGUCCAAAUGGUAGCAGGGAUCCAAAGGGAACACAGUAUGUAGAUCAAACUGGCAGUAACAGUGUACAGCCUUUGACAAACUAGAAACAUUAGAGUAGGCCAAACACACCUCCAAACUGUCAGGCUGUGCACAAACAUAAAAAAUGGCAGCCUUCCAUCUCCUGCACUGGCUGAGUCCAUUUACUUGUGUACUUGUUCUAGUGAGUGGUGGGACUGUACAUUUUUGAAUAGACCUCAAAAAUACUUCAUUCUGCUGCUGUUCAGUUGGCUUUUUAAACCUGUCUGCAGUAGGACACUGAAAACAGCAAGAACUUCGGGGUGAACACCUGCUGAUCCUUUAACAAGGAUUUCUGGCAGGAAACUCACAAAAAGGGGAACUGAAAAUUUAGACAUACAGUUGGCCAUUGUAAAAAACAUCAGUUUCCUCUCAUACAUUCCAAGUAAACCAAGUAAAAUAAGUGUUGGAGUAUCACUUGCAUAAAAGAAUUUAAGGAGUGAUAGCUCUUUCUGUUCUGCCAUUCCCAACAUUCCUGGGGGAAAGGAGACUCAAUAAGUUAAUACUAUUUCACUGAGCCCAAGAUGGAAACUUGGUUUGACCUAAAACAUCUGAUUAAUAUAGGCUAGCUGAUUUCUUAAAAAUUCAUUGAAGGAUAUUUUGCAUGUCUGUAACACCUGUCAAUACUUGUUUGUAUUGAUUUCUGAUAUUCUUGCAGCUGACUACGUGUAAUUGGGCAGAUCAGCUUUGCAGUAGAUUAUGCUGCAUCCUCGUGGCAAAAUUCUGUAUUCUUAGUGAUUGUUACAAACCCCUUUACUGCUGUCUGAGAAAGUGAAAGAUUGUGUAUUUCUAUUAAAACAUUUACAAUCAAAA